CGCUCACGGCGCGAGGACUUCGCGCCAGCCUCACCGGAAGGCACGGCCGGAAGGGGCGGGCACUGCGCCCGGCGGGUCCUUGGCGCCAUGGCGUCUCGUGGCGUCGUGGGCAUUUUCUUGCUCUCCGCUCUCCCUCUGUUGUGUCUGGAGCUCCGGCGCGGGAUUCCGAGUCUCGGAAUUAAAGAUCUCGUUUUGUUGAGUGGCCGGAUAUUCCUGCUGCUGGCCCUGCUGACGUUAGUCAUUUCUGUGGCCACCUCCUGGAUUAACUCAUUUAAGCCGCCACCCCAAGUUCACCGGAAAGAAGGAGAAGAAGAGAAUGAGAAAAGACAAAGACUGGUGAGGAAGAAGCAGCAGGAGGCCCAGGGUGAGCAGGCCAGCAGAUAUAUACAGAAUGUUUUAAAACCUCAGCAGGAAAUGAAAUUGAAAAAACUAGAAGAACGCUUUUAUCAAAUGACGGGUGAAACCUGGAAAUUAACUACUGGCCACAGACUUGAGGGAGAUGAAGAUUCGGUGCUUGAAAAUUUGAGUCAGGUGUCUUUGGAAACAGCAAACAGAGAAGCAGCAAGAAGACGCAACUUGCCCAAGCUUUUAACUGAAAUCUCACCACCUGCUCAGCAGCCCGCCAAGAAGGAGGUUCCUGAUUUACCUGAAGAACCCUCAGAAACAGCUGAAGAGGUAGUUACUGUUGCCCUUCGCUGCCCAAGUGGGCGUGUUUUGAGGAGGAGAUUUUUCAAGUCUUGGAAUUCACAGGUCUUAUUUGACUGGAUGAUGAAAAUUGGGUACCACAAAUCCCUAUACAGCCUUUCCACUUCCUUUCCCAGAAGGCCUCUGGAAGCGGAGGGAGGCUUGUCACUGGAGGACAUAGGAAUAACUGUGGACACUGUACUUAAUGUGGAAGAGAAAGAACAGAGCAGCCAGUAAAGUCAUACUACCUGUUGUCCUGAAGUCGUUACUCGUGACCUCACAUCAGUGUUCACAUUAAAGCCAUGCUGUACCUUGAGCUCCUCUUGUUCAGCGGAGCAUACCUACAUACCUGGAAGAGGACUGCUUUGUAUGUAGUGGUUUGUGGACUAUGUCAUCUUCCAAUGUACCAAAGUGAGAGCAAAGUAAAAAAGGAUAUAAGUCAGACAUCUGAUACCAGGCUUCAGCCAGGCAUGGUGGCACAUGCCUCCUGGAAUUCGAGUUAGACCAUCUUAAAACAAAACCAACCAACCAACCCCUAGCUUAUAUAAGAACUGAUUUCUGCUUCUUGAAUCCACCUUACCACAGUAUUUCAAAAUUUUCAAGUAUGAAUGUUGAUUCUACUGAUUUUCAGAGCAGACUGAUCCUAUGUAAUUUUGACUUAAAUCCAGGGAUGAAGUUUUUGACACAUAAACUUCAGAGAACAUGUUGAAAUUACAGUAAACAAGACCAUUGUUGGUAGGUA